GCAACAGAUGACGUCAUUUGCCACGACGUGAUUGGCGCAGGUGACGCGCGGGGCCGUUGCAACGUCAAACUUCGUCCCCCUUGUCGUGCCAUGCGCAUUGACGCUUGUUGUUGUGGCGCUCGAGGAGCUUGUUAUGGCUAGACGGCGAGGCCUCGGACCCGACUGAGAGAGAGAGAGACUGAGGGUUCCCCCUCACCCCACCGAGCCCGGCCACCCUCAUGGAGGGCACGGACAUGGACGUGGACGCGGAGCUCAUGCAGAAGUUCAGCUGCAUGGGUACCACGGACAAGGACGUCCUCAUCACGGAGUUCCAGAGGCUGCUGGGCUUCCAGCUCAACCCCGCCGGCUGCGCCUUCUUCUUGGACAUGACCAACUGGAACCUCCAGGCUGCCAUCGGCGCUUAUUACGACUUUGAGAGUCCCAGCAUCAACACGCCGUCCAUGUCGUUCGUGGAAGACGUGACGAUCGGCGAGGGCGAGUCGGUGCCGCCCGACACGCCCUUCACGAAGACCUGGAGGAUACAGAACUCGGGCGCAGAGUCAUGGCCGGCGGGCGUCUGCCUCAAGUACAUCGGCGGCGACCAGUUCGGCCACGUCAACACGGUGAUCGUGAAGUCUCUGGAGCCCCGGGAAGUGGCCGACGUCAGCGUGCAGAUGAGAAGUCCCGCCUCGCCCGGCAUGUACCAGGGCCAGUGGAGGAUGUGUACCGCCAGCGGCUUGUUCUACGGAGACGUGAUCUGGGUGAUCCUGAGCGUGGAGGUGGGCGGCCUCCUGGGCGUCACGCAGCAGCUGUCGUCCUUCGAGACCGAGUUCAACACGCAGCCUCAGCGCGACGUGCAGGACGACUUCAACCCUUUCGCUUCGCCGCACAAGAACAAGCGAGACGGCGGCGGCGAAGGCGACGGCGAGAGCACGCCGUCUCAAAAUAACGCCGCCAACAGGGCGGCGAACGGCAUGCGGGCCAAUCUGACGCCGGUGCCGCGCGGACAGGGUGUUCACGGACCGUACCCCUUCGGACAGAGCUAGAAUGGCCCUCACCUCUCGGAGUCCUCACAGGGGAGCGCGGAGGAACUGUUGUUUUCUAACGACUCUCCACAAAUGCCCCCUGAGCACGCGGACGGCGGCGGCCGGGCGGGGCCGGAGCGGCGACCAAUUUUCUCGCCCGCAUGUGCGAACGCUUUCUUUCUAUUCCCCCUUCCACCCCCAAGCAUCUGGGUCAUCUGUUCACCACACACACCGGCCGUCGCCCGGACGUCUUGACAAAACGUCGGCCUUAAAAAGUCCGCACGUCCGUUCACCUGGAUUCCCCGUCGCGCUCGCGUAUCCGAUUACUUCAAGGCUUACCUUACUCCGUCACACUGGUCGUCUUAACACCCCCCCCCCCCCCGCUUAGACAAACCAUCCCAAAGACAGCGGCCGCACAGGGGGCCACGCUACGACUUCACGGGAUAAAGUGAGCGAGAGAGUGUGUGGUUGUUUGUUUUGAGGGUGGGCUUUCAAAAGCGUGCAGACAAAAUGAGAAAGGGUUGAAAAAGCCAUGAGGAAAGAAAAACAAAACUAUUUCGCCUGGUGAGUGGUUGUAUUUUUCCACGUCUGCGCGUUUCAGUUCCGUGUUUGCGAGUCGCUUUCGGUCGACAAAAGGUCGCGCGCUUGCGUUCGUUUGCCGUUUGUCGAUUUGCCCCGAAUCCGCUGACGAAAUCACCCACGUUAUUUAUUUGUAUUCCGGGUCAGCGGGUGGUGCUAGAAAUCAAACUCAAAUCUCAAGCGUGUGCGUGUGUGAAUGAAUGAAUGAAUGAGUGAGUGAAUCCAAGGAAAAGUUGACACUGAUUCUGCUUUGAGGGAGAAUUUGGGCACUGAUGUUCUGUUCCUGCUGUUUGCACAAACAAGAAAUUGGAUGAAGUUUGUUGUUCAAUUUUUUUUCUUUUUUUUGGGGGGAGGGGAGAGGGCGGGGCUUGUCGUGGAACGUGGUGCAUCUUCAUCUUCCGUCGUUCCCCCAGCCCCGAAUUAAGAUUUGUUUCACUCACAGCUUUAAGAUUUUUAAAAUACGCACCAAAUGUUUUUUUUUUUUUUUCAUGGAAGCGACUUUUAUCAUUAGUAUGACAGACGGAAGCUUUGAAAGUGUGUUUUGGAAUGGAGAAUAAAAU